AAAAAUAAAUAUAUUUUUGCCAAAAGAGGCAGUACUUUUUUUGUUUUUUAUGGUUUUUUGCUCGGUAUCCGGGACUUCGCUUCGAUUAAUCCGGAUCGAUUCGAGUCGCGCAUCUGGGAAUGAGAAUUGGCAAAGCAAAGGGAUGGGGUUUCAACAUUGUAGUCAUGCUCAUCCGCUAGUACUGAUGGAAGAAAAGAGCAAAAGUAAAGAAGCCUUUUGCUCGGCUUGUAGAGAAUUGAUAACUGGUUCAAGUUAUAUCUGUAGUCAGUGUGAAUUUUACCUUCACAAGACAUGUGCUGGGCUACCAAAUGAGAUCAAUCAUCCUCUUCACCUCCAACAUCCUCUUAUCCUUGAUGCAAAGUUGCAGGAUGUCUCUAGCAAGUUCUGUUGUAGUUUCUGUCGAAAGGGUAAGGGAUUUGUUUAUCGCUAUUCUUCUUGUCAAUUUGGCCUUGAUGUGAUCAAAGAUGCAGGGGAUGACUUUACCAGAGAGAUCCAGCAUUUUAGUCAUGAACACAGCUUAAAGCUAAAGCUUAAUGAUGGUGAAGUUGAAGGUAAUAGAUGUUGCAAUGGUUGCAUGCUAUCCAUCUCAAAUUUGUUUUACUGUUGUGAUCAAUGUGAUUUCUUUCUCCAUAAAAGUUGUGCUGAGUUAUCAAUGAAGAUUCGAUAUUGGCGCACUAGACAUCCUCUCACUCUCCACUCAUAUACCAUUUUCAAAUGUGACAGUUGUCUCUUUUAUAGUAGUGGAUUUGCUUACCAUUGCAAUGAAUGCGACAAUGAUCUCUACCUUCAAUGUUAUGCUAUUCCUGAAGUCCUUGCUCUCCAAGGACAUGAGCACCCCUUCUUUAACCACAAAUGUGAAGGCAAAUGCAAUGCUUGUGGCUCUGAGAGGCGUUACCCUGGCUUUAGAUGCAAGGAUUAUGACUCUAUCUUAUGUUGUAGAUGUGUUACACUGCCACAUACGGCCCAACACAAGUAUGAUGAACAUCCUCUCAUGCUCUUGUAUCGUGAUGAUAAUCAUCCAAAAUUCCAGAUCAAUGUUAUUGUGAUAUAUGUGAAGAGGAAAGGGAUUUGAAUCACUAGUACUAUUACUGCACAAUUUGUGACUUCUCAGUUGAUCCUCUAUGCGUACUUGGUAAAUACCCAUUUGUCAAGCUAGGAAGCACCUAUAGGAAUGAUGCUCAUCCACAUCCUCUUACUUUUGUGCAAAAGAGGUACUAUUAUUACCCUAUAUGCAACAAUUGUGGCGAGUAUUGUUAUAAUUUGGCACUUGAAUGCACAGAAUCAAAAUGCAAGUUCACA